AUGAAAAGUUUAGCAUUCAACAAAUUUUCGAAUUUAUGGUGGGUUAUGUUUCAAGGCUUUCAGCUGGCUACUAUCGGAAUCAUAGCUUGGGCUCUCUGGUCGGACAACUGGGUAAAGCUUAAUGUCUCUGGUGUAUAUGGGGACUUGAAAUGGACAGGGUCUUUGACCAAAGUUCAUAAAGGUUUGAGGGCUUUGCAAGGCAGCUCAUACUAUGAAAUGUUCACAGCUUUCUGUAGCACCACUGAAAAGUCUCAAGACGUGCCUGAUGAAGAAUCGACGUGGUGCGAAAUGUUUGCACAACUCUGGAUCAGCGAACUGAUUUAUAUAGUUUUAGGAGUAAUCACAGUCUGCGCAAUUGUCAUAUGGAUUAUUUCACUGAGAUCUGCAUUAAAAACUAACAAAAUCAAGCCAGUCCCAGCGUUUUGGUUUGCACAAGUUGCGUGGAUUUCUCAUGAAAUCGCAUUUAUAAGCUGGAUGGUUUUAGCCAAAGCAAAUUUUAGUGGUGACUGUACAAGUGAAAGUGACGAUGACUCGCCGCCUAAGCUUUGUGCUCUUACUGGGCCAAUCCUUGGCUUAAUUUUAGCAAUUAUUUUGCCAAUCAUGGCAUUAUCGUAUUCCUUAUUAAUACGAUAUUUGCCAAAACCUAUUGAAGCUGAGCAUGUAGUUCAAAAAGAAUCAGAAGGGGCUUUAAAAGAAACUCCUAUAAAAUAA